AAUUCAGCAGGUACCUAUAUGAUAUUUACAUAUAUAUAUAAAUAUUAAUAUUAUUUCUAGUGUCAAGGUGGGCACGACCUUCCUGUUUGAGAUGGACCAACUCACUGGAUUAUAGAAUAUUCAUCAUAUUGACAUCAACUGGACUAAUUGGACAGACCAGCAAGAAUAUUCUCCUACUCACAACAUGAAGCCUCCUCCACGCUGGUUUGGAGCAGCAAGUUUGUGCUUGUGUUGGCUCCAAACUGUCCUCAGCAACUCCACACACCUGGAGUCCCUUCUGGACCAGUACCGGGACAAGGAUGAGCAGUGGUGGACGGCCAGGACCAGAGGAAAGAGAGCCAUCAGUGAGGGGGACAAGCACCUCAUCUUAGACCUGCACAACAAGCUGAGGGGUCAGGUCCACCCUCCGGCCUCCAACAUGGAGUACAUGGUGUGGGAUUACGAGUUGGAAAGAAGCGCCGAGCACUGGGCUCAUACCUGUCGAUGGGAACACGGGCCGAGUUACAUGCUGACUCAAAUAGGCCAAAACCUCGGAGCACACUGGGGCAGGGACCGCCCUCCCACCUACCACGUGCAGGCCUGGUACGAUGAGGUGAGGUACUACAGCUACCCUUACUCCCAGGAGUGUAACCCACACUGCCCCUUCAGAUGCUCCGGACCUGUUUGCACUCACUACACUCAGCUGGUGUGGGCCACCAGCAAUCGUAUUGGCUGUGCCAUCAACGUGUGUUACAACAUGAACGUGUGGGGGAUGAUCUGGACUAAAGCCGUCUAUCUGGUCUGCAACUACUCCCCACCUGGAAACUGGUGGGGUCAUGCGCCCUACAAAUAUGGCGCUCCUUGUUCCGCAUGUCCAGCCAGUUACGCUGGAGGCUGCAGAGACAAUCUCUGCUACAAAGACGGAGGUGUCGAGAGGCGUCCUGCUCCGGAGACCGAGGAGACCAACUACAUUGAACCCGAACCGGAUGCCGUGAGAGAGAGGGAGCCCCAACCCAGGGCCCAGACGCCAAAGCCCUCACAACCCUCAGAGGACGUUGACAGGAACCGAGUGGUCAGCACUGAGCAGAUGUCCCAGCAGGUGGACUGUGACACCAAGCUGAGAGAUCGCUGCAAAGGUACAACCUGCAACAGAUACGAGUGUCCACCCGGCUGCCUUCACGCACAUGGAAAAGUGGUUGGGAGCACAUUUUACGACAUGCAAUCCAGUGUGUGUGGCGCGGCGCUGCAUGCGGGCGUGAUUGACAACGAUGGAGGAUGGCUGGAUGUUACCCGACUUGGUAGAAAACAACACUUCUCCAAAUCAUACAAGAAUGGAAUUCAGUCGAUUGGGAAGAACAGAAGUGCCAAUUCCUUCAAGAUAGAGUCGGUUCCUAUCAAGGCGGUGACGUGUGACACCACCGUGGCGUCGUACUGUCCCUUUAAGAAGCCCGUGCGACACUGCCCCAGGUUGUAUUGUCCCAGAAACUGUCUACGUGAGAGUCAAGGCAGAGUCGUCGGAAGUAAAUAUUACUUUGAUAAAUCCAGCAUCUGCAGAGCAGCCAUUCAUGCCGGAGUCCUCCAGAGUGAGUCUGGAGGUUACCUGGACGUGAUGCCAGUGGAGCGCAGGAGGCAGCACAGCGGUAGUUCCCAGAACGCCAUCACUUCAGAGAGCUUGCUCCAGACGACAGGAGGGAAAGCCUUCAGAGUCUUUGCUGUCAUCUGAAGUGUCAAGAACACACUUUCUCACUCAUAACCAGCAGAUGAGGUCGGCCCAAGGACCAAGUACCCACACAGGAAAAC